AUGUAUCAUUUUAUAUAUAAAGUACUACAUACGUAAUUACAAGACACUCUGUAUUUCGCUGAUAAAACGCGAACACAAUUCGAUCAAUAAGUGGAAGCAGACUUUAUUUUAUCAAGUAGAAUUCAUUCAGUCAGUAGACACCCGCAACGAAACAUUAUGUAUCGGUAAUCAAAAUUUUCUGCGAAGCACAGUUUCUUGCUUUUCACCUCUAAGUUAAACUAUCACAUUGUUUGACUUAUUUAAUAUACCAAGAAAAUGGCAUCAAUAGAAGAAAGUUGGAAAGAAGCAACUGAAUCUUUAAAUAGCGAAGUCUGUGAUACAUGGUUCAUGAAAUUACAGGAAGCCUAUUCUGAAGAAAAACGUACCUAUCAUAAUCUAGAUUCUCUACGAGAGAAGUUAAAUUGUUACUAUGAGAUCAAAGAUAAUUUAAAAAAUCCUCAAGCUGUGCUUCUUGCCUUAUUCUUUCAAAACUUUGAAUAUGAUCCCAAAGCUUUAGAUGGUGAAAAUAAGAAUUUAGAGCAUUUUAAUACAUUUGCAGAUGAAGCUGGAAUAGCUGUUGAUGCAGAGUUAAGAGAAGAGGCUAAUGAACUUCUUAAAGUAGCUGCAACGCAUAGUACAGAUGCUCAUAAAAUUGGAGGUGCCUUUGGUGGUGAAGAUGCUCAUUACUUUUUAGACUUAGACAUGGCUGUGUUGGGUUCUUCUCCAGAAAGUUAUGCAGAAUAUAGAGAGAAGAUUCGUGGAGAAUAUUCUUUUCUGAGUGAGCCAAUGUAUACUGCUUUACGUUUGAAGGUCCUGCAGAAUUUUGUGCAAAUACCAAAUAUUUUUGCUUCUAAAGAAUUUCGGGAAAAAUAUGAAGAACAAGCACGUCAAAACAUACAAGCUGAAGUUGAAUUGUUAUCUUAGGGGAAUUAAUAAUUAUUCUGUAUUAAAAAUUGUAUCUUUAUAAAUUUUGUGAUGAGAUGUAUUUAUUAUUUAAUUAUAAAGAAAAAGUUUCAACUGA